GAUUAGUUAUUAUAUAGGCUAGCCUAUUAUAUAUUAGUGAUCUGUGGUUAUUAGCAUAGAUUAUUUUACGUAUAAAAUAUGUCCAAUGUAUAAGUUAUUAAUUAGUUAUUGAUUAGUUAUAAUUAUUUAAUUAGACAUACGUUGUUUCUUAGUUAUUCUUAAGCAGUAUACCUAUAAAUAUGUUGAAAUUUAUAGGAAAAAGUAUUCACUUCAAGCAUAUACGAAAAUUUGCCUCGCAAAAUGUUUGUACAGAUAUUGAGAAUGAAAAAAAUGUUAUUAUUGAUAAAGUAGGAGAAAUAACAGUCAUCGGACUGAAUAGACCCACUAAAAGAAAUUGUAUAAAUUAUUCAAUGGCAAAAAAUAUUAAUGAAGCUUUAGAAAGGUUUGAAGCAGAUGAAUCUAGUUGCGCUGCUGUUAUACAUGGAAUUGGGGGAAACUUUUGUGCAGGAGCUGAUCUCACAGAAUUCAUAAAACUGGAUACGAAAAAUUUGAAAAAGGAUAAAAUUUUACAAUUGGAAUUACCUCUUAGAUUAAUAAAAAAACCUCUAGUUGCAGCAUUGAGUGGUUAUGCAGUUGCUGAAGGAUUUGAAAUAGCACUCAUGUGUGACCUUAGAGUAAUAGAAGAUAAUGCUGUGAUGGGAAUGUAUAAUAGAAGGUUUGGGAUUUCAUGUGCCAAUGGUGGCAUUGUUAGACUUUCUUCAGUAGUUGGGCUGUCUAGAGCUUUAGACCUUAUUUUAACUGGAAGAACUAUAACAGCGCAAGAAGCCUUUCAAUGGGGACUGGCAAACCGCAUUGUUGCCUGUGGAACAGCGCUUGGUCAAGCAAUUCAAGUUGCUGGUUCUUUGGCUAAAUUUCCUCAAGAAUGCUUGUUACAAGAUAGAGAAACUUUGUAUCAAUCGGCAUUCAAGCAAUCAAUGGAGAAGUUAUUGGAAUAUGAGAGGAAAAAUGCAAUAAAAGUUUUCAAUGAAGAAUCAAUAGAAGGUGCCAAAAAAUUUGUUGAAUUAGGAAUUGGUAGGCAUGGAAAAACUUACGAUUUGAAAGACAAAAUUAUUCCUGAUUGGGAAAAGGAAUAAAGAACUUCCAGCCAAAAAUGGACAAACUGAUUUAAAUAUAUUUACUGCCUUAUA